AUGAACACCUUCUGCACCAGCGCCUUCAGUCCAGUUGCCUUCUCCCUGGGGCUGCUCCUGGUGAUGGCUUCUGCUUUUCCCACCCCAACACCCCUGGGAGGAGAUUCCAAAGAUGAUACCACCUCAAACAGACCACAACUCACCUCUCCAAACAAAACUGAAGAACUUGUAAAUCUCAUCCGUUUCAUUCUCUCCCAAGUUGUUGAACUGAAAAACGAGAUGUGUGACAAAUAUGACAAGUGUGAAAACACUGAAGUGCUGGCAGGAAAUAAUCUGAACCUUCCAAAGAUGACCAAAAAUGAUGGCUGCUUUGAAAAAGAAUUUGAUAAGGAGAGUUGCCUGGUGGAAAUCAUCACAGGUCUUUUGGAGUUCCAAAUAUACCUGGAGUACGUGCAGAACAAGUUUGAGGGUGAAAAGGGAAAAGUGAUAGCUGUGCAGAAUAGUGCCAAAGCCCUGGUCCGUCUCCUGAAGCAAAAGUUAAAGAAUCCAGAUGAAGUAACCACCCCGAACCCAAUUGCUAAUGCCAGCCUGCUGUCUAAGCUACAGUCGCAGACCGAGUGGCUGAGGAACACAACGAUUAACCUCAUCUUGCAAAGCCUCAGAGACUUCAUGCAGGUCACCCUGAGGGCUGUUCGGAUAAUGUAA